CAAGUGUUUAACAAAACUUGAGUACAUAUAUAAAAACAGGUUAUUAUAUAUAUAUAUAUAAUAAUAGUAAUUUGGAACCGAAUAGUAAAUAAACGAACAUCACGGAAUCAUCAAUUUGGCUUGAAGAAGGAUACUAAAGUUUGAUUUUUAGAAACAAGGGAUGCCGACAAUGACGAAAAGGGAGAAACUUAAAACUUCCAUGUCGUCUAAGGAUAUCCAUAUCGAUGUUAUUGAGCACCCAACGAGACAAAUGAACGAAAAUGAGAAGGAAUAUAUGAAAAAAAUUGAAAAAACUUGUAAUGAGGCUAAGUUAAGAAUUCGAAAAGCAGCUACUGAUGCUCUUGAAUCAAUAAGAAGACACGAACGAGUACUUCUAGAGCAAGUAGAGCAUGAAUACUCUAGUGCUGUAAAAAAUAUGCUAAACGAUCAUCGUCCUGAUACAAACAUUAUUUUUAUUCAAGAGUCACUUUCUAUGGAAUUUGGAAAAAUAAUGUGCAAUUCUGUUGAAAGUGCUUCACCAAGAGCUAGAGCUAUGACCGUCGGGUCAUGUACAGUGAGAAAGUCGUCUUUAGAACCAAUCAAACAAGAAACUAUGAAAUAUAGAUGCGGGAGCGAUACGGAUAUGCUUCAAUUAAGAUCCUCCGUUCACAGUGUUCAUUGGCGUUUGGAGAAAGAAGGCUCGGCAGUUGGUGAUAUUAACUGUCCUAAUGAUCUCGUACUAGUAGAAAAUGAAGCGCGUUUAGCGGUUGCUGAUAGAGGCAACUGUAGAAUACAGUUAUUUGAUGCCAACAAUGGAAGCUGCAUAAAAGAAUUGGCCAAUGGGAUAACCACAAGACGCUUGGCCGUUUCAGCUUCCGGUAAUUAUAUAACAACGACAGACCACGGUGUUAAAAUAGUCAAUCCACAUACAAAUUCCAUUUCAACUUUUGGUAACACUAAAAAGCUCAAAAAUCUAUUACCACAGCCUUGUGCGAUAGGAAUUACAAAGAAGGGGACAGUUAUAAUUAGUGACACCCAACAAAAGACGAUUAGUGUCUUUAGCGAGGAGGGUAAACAUCUGUUCGAUUUCGAUAAACGUUCAUCACCAUUAGAUAGUCCUACUUAUUUAACAAUUGAUAGAAAGAAUCGUGUACUAGUUUCGGACAGCUGGGGAAGCGUAAUAAAAAUAUUCGAUGCUUCAAAUGGUAAAUAUAUUAAUUCUGUUGGUCAAUUAACACGAGAUGGCAGACACUUGAAAUUCCCUAACGGUAUAACAUCGGACAAUCGAAAUUCAUUCUACGUCGCAGAUUGGGGUGCCCAUAUAGUAACAAAAUUCGAAGAUGACGCAUUUAGUUCAUGUCUUAUGACCAGAGCCGACUCAUUAAAAAACCCCGCUGGAGUUUGUGUCAAUAAAUCUGGAAAUAAACUCUUUGUAGCUGAAUAUUCUGAUUCUCAUUCAGCUAUAAGUUGUUUGAAUAUAUAGAACAUUGUCACAAACAAAUAAACAAUCAUAUUCAAUUUAUAUUCCAUUGUAUCAAGUAUAUUUUUACUUAUUUUUUCUAAAUCAGUGUAUUUACUUGCUUGUUAUAAAUUGAAUAAUAAAAAUAAGCACCCACAUUUGGAAUAUCUAUGCUAAUCUUGCAUUACCAAUUACUUUUUACAAUAGUCCCUUAUCCCUCCGCACAAAACUCUCGUCUUCUGCUCUUUUCAGUUUACUCUCAUACCAAUACAAGAUACAGAUAAAGACAAACUCACUUUAAACCACUUUGCUAAUAUUCAACAAAAUAUUAGAAAUAUAUUAAACAUCAAUCAGUCGGCCAACAUUGAUUUUAUUCUCUAUCUCGUUCUUUUCGAAUCUUAUUGAAAUUUUCUUCCUUUCCAUUUUUG